GCCACCACCACCAGCACAGCGGCAGCAGCAAACAUAACCCCGGUCCGAAACAAGCAAACCCCUCAUGCUCACCACCACUCCUCCCCUCUUCUCCGCCAUGGAGCACCACCACCACCACCAGCAGCAGCAUCUCAGGGAAGGGGCGGAGCUCCGGCUCCUCCUCCUCCCUGCCACGACGCCGGCCACGGCCACGCCCCGCGACGACGGAGCCGCCGCAGCCGCCACCUUGUUCGUCCCGGCGAGCCCCGGCGACCACCACCCACAGCUCGACCUGAGCCUGUCCAUCCGCAUUGGGCCGCCACCCACGCCCACGCCGCCGGUGGCGGUACUACUGGCUGGCCAGCAGAAGAAAGCAGCGGGCGUCGGCGGCGGCGGCGACCACGACCACGUGCAGUCGCUGAAGCAGCAGGCGGCGGAGCAGGCCCGGCUGGCGUCGGCGGAGCGCGCGUACGCGGAGCGCGUGAUGGAGCUGGCGCGGCGGGAGCUGGAGCUGGCGGAGCGGGAGUUCGCCCGCGCGCGCGCCAUCUGGGAGCGCGCCCGCGGCGAGGUGCAGAAGGUGGAGCGCAUGAAGGAGGUGGCCGCCGCCCGCCGCUUCGGCGCCGCCGCGCUCGAGAUCACCUGCCACGCUUGCAUGCAGCGCUUCCACUCCUAGGUCUGCCUGAUUAACUAAUCAACCUCGCCGUCGCCGUCGCCGUCGCCGUCGUCUCUCUCCAUCGAUCUCUCCUUAUUGGUAGCCACCUAGCAAGCACGUACGUACUCCUACGUACGUAGCAUGACGCGAUACGUACGUGCGAUUCGUACGUACUGCGUACGUAUAUACGUACGUACACCAAGCCUCGAUGCAUGGCGUAUACGUACGUCUACGUUGCUGGAUAUGGUUUUAAGUAAUUUAGCUAAAUCCGGGUGUCUAAUGUGUGUUAAUUAGUAAAUUAAUUCCGCUUGACACUGUACUGUGUGCUUUGACGUAAUUACGCGUUGUGCAGUCGAGCUGGCUAGCUACAGAAGUUUAUAUGGUGAAUGCUGCUGCUGCAUCUGUUGCUAACCUUCCAUUGCUCUUUUUUAUUAUUACGAGUGAAGUGGAC